UUAACAAAAGGAAAUGACAACACUAACAAAAGUGUGACUUCAGCUGUCACGUACACGUAUGAGAAACUAUUUUCCUUAAGCUGUUAUACAACACGGUCAGCCAAGAUCUUGAGAUGGAGGUGCUCAACUCAACCAGCAGCAAUGAUGACAGCUACUCAUAUGUGUAUGGUGAUGAUUUAAUCAUAAUGUGUGAGGCCGACGACUAUAAAAUAACCACCGGCGUGUGCUACGCCAUGAUCUUCUUCCUCAGCAUCCUUGGAAAUGGCUUCCUUGUGUUUGCGCUCACCUGCUAUGAAGACCUGAAAAGGGCCACCAACCUUUUCAUGUUCUGUUUGGCUCUUUUUGACCUUGUGUUCACACUGACGUUGCCUUUCUGGUGCGUGGAGCUUCUUCAUCACUGGGUUUUUGGUGACAUCGCCUGCAAGAUAAUUACCGCUGCCUAUUUUGUUGGCAUCUACGGAAGCCUUAUCCUCCUCACAGCCAUGACGCUCGACCGGUUUGUUGUGGUUGUGGUCAGAAGCCACCGGCUGACAUGGAGUCGAAGACUCAAAUGUGCAAAAGUUGCCUGUGUUGGCGCCUGGAUCAUCAGCUUGAUUGCUUGCCUAAAAGAUUCAAUUGCUGCAAAUGCAGAAGACGUAUAUAUCGAGACAUACGCUUGUAAAAGCAGCACUCAGGAUGAUGACAAAGUCGGAUAUUAUGCACAGCUCAUUCUGCUGUUCCUUGUACCAUUUACCAUCAUUGUUUUUUGUUACACCAAAAUCAUUUUGACCCUCAUGGCAACGUCGACCAGGCAGAAAUACAGGACUGUGAUUCUGGUGCUGUGCGUUGUUGUAGCUUUCUUCAUAUGCUGGGGGCCAUAUCAUAUCAUCAUUGUGUUGAUGUCCAUCUACGAGUUUGAUCCCUGCAAACAUGAACAGCUGCAUGCUGCAUUUAUCGUCUGCAGGAUUCUGGCAUUUUCUCACUGCUGCAUGAACCCGGCACUGUAUAUUGUCAGAGGGAAGUACAGAAACCUCUUGUCAAGCUUUUUGUUCUGCUCGCCUGAACUCAGGCAGUCGGAGCUCUACAGGGGACCGACGGAUCCGAGCGACUCCGGGACUCAUCCAGACACGAAUGAAGUAGUAGUUUAUGAAAACUGUGAAGUGCAACAAACAAUGUCACAGCUUAACACACUGAAAACAAUGUAAAAUUGUGAAAUAUUUUUAUUAUUUUAAUAUAGCUGUUUUCUAUUCAAAUAUGUUUAAAAACGUAUUUCAUUCCUGUGAUCAAAGCUAAAUUUUCAGCAUCAUUACUCCAGUCUUCAGUGUCACAUGAUCCUUCAGAAAUUAUUUUAAUAUGCUGAUUUGCUGUUCAAGAAACAUGUUUCACAAUUAUUAUUAUAUUUAUAUAUACUUAUAUAUAUAAGUAUUUAAAACAGUUGAGUACAUUUUUUUCAGGAUUCUUUGAUGAAUAGAAAGAUCCAAAGACCAGCAUUUCUCUGAAAUAAAAAGCUUUCAUAACAUUAUACACUAUAUCAGUAUAUAUAUAUACAGUAGUCAACAUUUGAAGUAGAUCAAAAAAGUUAAUCAAAGUUGUCCUAAGACAAGAACGGGUAUUGUUUUGGUUUUAGGAAAGGUUGUGAUCCACUUCAAAUGUUGACUACUGUAUGUGUAUGUAUGUAUAUAUAUAUAUAUAUAUAUAUACACACACAGGCAUAUGAAUCUGUUCUAUGGUUUUAUUCACAUAAGUGGUUUUCUGAAUGUUUAUUUAUAAAUAAAUACAUACAUACAUACAUACAUACAGGUUACAAGUACCAAGCAAAAAGUAAUCAGUGGUUUUCCUUAAAAUAUAAAUACUCAAAUGGCGUAAUAAUUAUUAAAAAAAAAAAAAAAAUUUUUGCUAAUAUAUUAUGAGUAAUAUCAAUGAAUAAUAAAUUCCGUUUGACAAUCUGAAUUAAGUCAAAUAAUAAAGUCAAAAUAUAUAGGCCUAUAUAAAUAUACUGUUUAAAAACCUUGAGACACAGCCUUUUUAUUAUUAUAAAAGAUGUAUACCAAACAACAUCAUUUUUGUCCAAGACAUUCUAGAUUUUUUUACUGUAUAGUCACACCACCUACAUAUUUUUGCCUUUAAACAUAUAUAGCCCCCAAACUAUCAAAUGACUUAGCCUUAAAUAACUGAAAACAUGUUUAUUAUAAAAGUGUACUGAGCUAAUUGUCUGUAUGGGUGUAUUGAAUGUAUUUUUGAAUAACUUAAUAGAUCUAGAAAAUGUUUUGAAAAAGUGUUGAAGUACAUGUAUUACAGUUUUGUAAUGUAAUGUGCGUGUGCUUGAGGUUGUUAAGUUAAGUGAGGAGAAGUGCUCAUCUACAAGACUGUAUUGUAAUGAGUCAUGGAAAAAUCCUAAAAGAGGAACAGAGACAGAGAGAAAAAAAGCAGACGAAAAGCCAAGUGUGAUAGCAGAAUGCUCACAAGGAAUUUUCCACUGUGCAGUAAAAAAAAAAAAACAAACAAAUAAAUAAAUAAAUAGUUGUUAGUAGGCCUCAGUCUUGUUUGCAAAUAAGCUUCAGGAUGAGUAAUUCCACCAAUGUCCAGUAGGUGUCAGUAGUGAUCAAGAAGUGAGACAUUUAUAAUCUUUUAUAGCGCUUCGAAUUAUACUCUUCGAAUGUCAUUUUUAUUAAAGUGAUGUUUUGUCCAAGACCAUUUGGAUUCACAACACUUUAGUUCUUUGUUUUCUUUUUUCCUUAAAUGUAAUGUUGCAAAAAUAUUAAAAGUAUUGAACAAAAAGCUUAA